AUGCCCUUUGACGGGGUGUUGCUACCUAGCCGCAUCCUCCUGACGGCCAAGGAGGCUUAUACCUCCCCGUCGGUGAAGCAGUUGCUGGUGGCGGGCGCGGUGACGCUGACCUGCCAGUCAGAGAAGGGACGGCCCAUCUGCGGCCUGGCCACGCGCGCGGCUUUGUUGUGGAAGGAGUUUGACCAGCGCUUCUUUUCCAUCCCCGAUCCAGCCCUGCGAGAGCACACUCUCCACACGGCCCGCGACGAGAUCAAGAGGCGCCUGAACCGGGACUCAGCCCGCCCGUGGUUUGCCGUCGACGCCACCGGCCAUAAUAUCGAGCUGGAGAAUCUGACCUACCGCCAGGUGCUGCGUCGCCUGGUGGCGUUGACCUUUCUGUCCCGCGAGCGAUGGGGCGGCAAGGCGCCCAUUUUCACUAUUCCCAUCUUCCACGCCGCGUCCCCAGAAAUCUCGACUCUUGACUCCUCCUUCGGCCAGGCGCUGGGCGCAGCGGCCGACAAGCCUCUUCACCCCGAGAACAUCCUGCGGCUCUUGCAGUUCUUCCGCCUGCCCAAGCAGAAGCCCGUAUCAUUGAUCCCCCGGCUGGACGAGUACUUUGAGACCUGGUUCAAGAAAGAUCCGUUCUGGCAAGCGGAGGACGUGGAUGCCGUGAUGAAUCUGGAUGCGCAGCGGACAUUCAUUCUUCUCGGACCCGUCCUUAAUCGGUUCAUCCGGGGUCGUGACUGGUAA